CUUUCUCUUCCGGUGCGUUUCACAAGAUCGAAAUGGUUCAACGGCUUGUUUUCCGGCGACGAUUGUCUUAUAAUACAAAUUCUAAUAAACGACGCAUUGUUCGUACCCCUGGUGGUAAAUUGGUUUAUCAAUACUUAGAGAAGAAGAAGAAGGUACCAAAAUGUGGUCAAUGUUCCGAUAAAUUGAGGGGUAUCGUACCAGCGAGGCCCCAAGAACGCUCGAGGAUGUGCCGUCGUAAGAAGACCGUCAAAAGGGCUUACGGUGGUGUUUUAUGUCAUAAGUGCGUUAAAGAAAAGAUUGUGCGUGCUUUCUUAUUAGAAGAACAGAAAAUUGUAGUCAAGGUGCUAAAAGCACAACAGGCGACUAAAUCUAAGAAGUAAAUGCAUAAAAAUUGACGUUUGUAAUAAAUUUAUUAUUAUAAGAAAAA